AUGGCAACCACGUUACACCUCCGAUCCGAGUCCAAGCCACUUGAACACCGCUCCGCCUUAACUCCUGCGACGACCAAGGCGCUCCUCGACGCCGGCUACAAAGUAAAUGUAGAGCGAAGUCCCGAAAGAAUCUUCGAGGACUCGGAGUUCGAAGAAGUUGGUGCGACUCUGGUUCCUGAGGGUUCUUGGGUUGAUGCUCCUACAGAACACAUAAUCGUUGGCCUCAAAGAACUGCCCGAGGACAAAUUUGCUCUCAAACACACCCAUGUCCAAUUCGCACACUGCUACAAGGACCAGGGCGGCUGGCAAGAUGUCCUCUCUCGAUUUCCCCAAGGAGGCGGCACCCUUCUAGAUCUCGAAUUUCUCACAGACGAUACGGGACGUCGUGUUGCGGCGUUUGGAUACCAUGCAGGCUACGCAGGAGCUGCUCUCGCUGUCGAGGCAUGGGCACACCAGCUCAAGAAUCCUUCAGAUGCGGCUGGGUUGCCCGCAGUCUCCAGUUAUGCUAACCAAGAUCUCCUCCUCGCUGAUGUGCGUUCAAAGCUUGAAGAAGGUGCCAAAAUAACUGGUCGUCAACCGCGUGUUCUUGUCAUUGGUGCCCUGGGUCGUUGCGGCCGUGGCGCUGUCGACCUGUGCACUCAGGCCGGCAUUCCCGAUGAGAAUAUCUUCAAGUGGGAUAUGGCCGAGACUGCCAAAGGUGGUCCCUUCACCGAGAUUGUCGAAUCCGACAUUUUUGUCAACUGUAUCUACCUUUCGGAUCCAAUCCCACCCUUUAUCGAUGAAGCGUCACUCUCUUCGGACAAGCGAAACCUAUCAGUGGUGUGCGACGUCUCCUGUGACACCACCAACCCUCAUAACCCGGUUCCAGUUUAUACUGAAAACAGCACUUUCUCCAAGCCAACACUACCGGUCAAGGGAUACAAGAAUCCUCCUCUGUCUGUCAUUUCCAUUGACCAUCUUCCUAGCUUACUUCCUCGAGAGGCCAGUGAAGCCUUCAGUCAAGCUCUGCUGCCGAGUUUGUUAACUUUGAAUGCUCGCAAGACCUCUCGUGUGUGGCAACAAGCUGAAGAGCUAUUCGACAACAAAGUCGGAACCCUUCCUGAGACGCUGAGAGGUGCAUGGAAGAAGUUGAUGGGUGGAGGUUCGUAA